CCGUGGGUCCGGCUCCUCCGGACAGGGUUAGUGCUGCCUGGGACACCGCUGGUCACCGAGGCGCGACAGGAACCGGAGCGGAGCGAGGCAGAGGGGGCAGGGGGUCCCGGCGGCGACAGCAUGAAAUUCAGCCCCGCGCGCUACUUGCUGCCUCUGCUCCCGGCGCUGGUCCUCGGCACCAGACAGGACUACGAAGACCUAGAGAAGCAGCUGAAAGAAGUGUUUAAGGAGCGAAGCACCAUCCUUCGCCAGCUGACAAAGACCUCCAGGGAGCUGGAUGGAAUUAAAGUUAACCUUCAGUCUUUAAAGAAUGAUGAACAGUCUGCUAAAAUUGAUGUUCAGAAGCUCCUGGAACUGGGCCAGAAACAGAGAGAAGAAAUGAAGUCCCUCCAGGAGUCCUUGCAGAAUCAGCUUAAAGCGGCAUCUGAGAAAGCAGAGAAACACCAGGCAACUAUUAACUUUUUAAAAACUGAAGUGGAAAGAAAGACAAAAAUGAUCCGAGACCUUCAGAAUGAGAACAAAAGCUUGAAAAACAAACUUUUAUCAGGAAGCAAGCUCUGUGGAAUGCAUGCAGAAGAGUCAAAAAAAAUACAAGCCCAGCUAAAGGAGCUUCGUUAUGGGAAGAAGGAUUUAUUAUUUAAGGAGUCACAGAUGAAAGCAAUGAAAGAGACUGUGCAACUCUGCCUGACUUCAGUCUUCCGCGACCAACCUCCGCCUCUGAGUCUGAUCACCUCUAACCCAGCCCAGCUGUCCCUCCCCCCCAAGACAAUGGCAGGGAAGAUUCCAGACGCCAGGACAAAAAGCCAGCCUCAGCAAAUUGCAUCAGAAAACAAGGAAAGCUCUCGAGUUGAGUCAAUGAAAGAAGAAAAUCUGAGGACCCCUGCGUGUGCUUCUCAAGAUGAGAGAAAGGCCUGUUCAGCGGAGCACAAAGAAAGCCCCACAAGAAAUGCCACUGCAGAAUCAAAGCCGGCCCCACAGAAGUUACAAAUGCCCCCUUGCUCUGAUUGUGAGGCGAAAAAAGCCCCAGAAAAGCAGUUAACCAGCUUCGAAGGCACGGCACCUAGAGAAGAAAAACUACUGUAAAUACCAAGAACCUGCUUUGCGAACAGAACAUCCCUUUGCUGUUGUCUUCACCCUCUUUUUAGACUUCAGGCUUGAUGGAGACACUAAGUUUCUAAAGCAUGUGAUUUUUUCACAAUUUUAUGUAACUUUAUAAGUAGUCCACAAACUUUCCAAGGGAUUCCAGACCAAUUAUGUUCCUUAAGCAAUAACCUAGUUGAGAUGGAUUUAUGCAGUCAUAAAUAUUUUACUGUCAUUACUAAAUAUAAGUUGGUGUAUUUUGAGCUGACAUUCAACAUAAUGCUUAAUUCUUCAUCAUCUGGAUGCUAGUAUUUCGAUGAUCUAGUUAUAGAGAUCAACUGGAGAACAAAACACUGUUGGUCCUCAGUAUUACUAAAAUCCUAAUUCUAACCACAUCUUAAUGGUGUUUGACCACACCAGAAAAUUGGAGCCAUUAAAAUUCAAGUUUAAAAUUUUGCUACUUUAAUAUAUUCUUUUCUUGAUGAUGUUCCACAUUCUUCUUAUGAUCUUGAUAAUUUAGUUUAUCGUGAUAAUUUGGUUUAAGCUAGGACAAAGCAAAUCUAACAAAGUUUCAGUCACUUAAUAAUCAUUAAAAAUGUAAUUAUUCAGACAAACAAUUGGGUAAAUUUGGAUAAAUGAUCAAGUAUCUGACAAAACUGAAUUUUUGUUUUCUGCAUUGUAUAAUCCCAUUCUAUUGCAUCAUCCUAGAAUGACAGUACUGAAAUUAUCCUAAUUUGGAAAUUGAGUUAUUUGAAAUGCUGAGCAUGAUUUUUUUUGCCAGCUCAGCCCACCCUAAGGGCUGCUCUGCUGUGGCAUGUGGGGCAGGGGAUUGAACUGUGGUCCCUUGGACCUACUUAAGCUUGCUGAAUCAGGCACUUUAGACUGCUGAGCUAUCUUGGUACCCCCAGUGAGCAUGAUUUCUGUUUACAAAAUUGGGUAAUAGCAUAUAGCAGAGGAAGAAGAUUUUAACAGACAGUUAUGCAACCUGAAUGUAAGUGGGCCUUUGAUGGUUGAAUAGUAGCUAUGUUGACCCAAUGAAUAUAGUCUCAUUAAAAAAACAAAAUGGUUUUGUUUAUUAAAUAAGAUUAGGAAAGAUUUUUUAAUCAAUGAAAUUAUGUUUCUGCAUAAGAAUAUCAACAAAUAAAUUUAUAUGUGAAUAACCUAAAUAUGGCUCACCACUGAAAGGGACUUACAUAAUUCAAUAUCUGAUGGAAUUUGUAGUGAAUCAAAUGUUUAAACUCAAACUAAUGGGGCCAGCCAAAUAGCUCAACAGAUUA